AUGUCUACUAUACAAAAUAUUAGUGUUACUGACAUCUCAAAGAUUACAUCUGGUCAAGUAAUUAUAGAUCUACGAUCAAUUAUAAAAGAGUUAGUGGAAAAUUCAAUAGACGCUGGUGCAACAAGAAUAGUAAUAAGUUUUGUUAAUUAUGGAAUUGAUACAAUAAGUGUACUGGACAAUGGUAAAGGUAUAAAUAAGGAAGAUUUUGAAACUGUAUGUUUGAGGAAUCAUACCUCAAAGAUUAACGAAUUUGAGGAUUUGUCAACUUUAACAACAUUAGGAUUUAGAGGUGAAGCAUUAAAUUCAAUAUGUGCAUUAUCUAACAAAAUAACAAUAACUACUCAAACAUUGGAAACUUAUCCUAGAAAUUACACUUUAAAUUAUGAUCAACUAGGGAAACUAAUAGAAGAAACUUCAAAAUUAGGAGGAAUGAGUAAUAAAAGUGGUACAUCAAUUAUAAUUGAACAAUUAUUUAAAUGCUUACCAGUUAGAUGGAAAAACUUUGUUAAAACUUCAAAAAGAGAAUUUCAUAAGACUAUAAACUUUAUAAUAAACUAUUUAAUAAUAUAUCCUCAGAUUAAGUUUGAAGUUACAAAUAAUAAUAAUGGUAGAAAACAAUUAGUCUUGUCAUCAAAAGGUGGUGAAAAUAAUACAAUAACUGAGAACUUAAUAUCAAUAUUUGGAAACAAUGGCAAUACAAAUUUAUUAGACUUAAACAUAGAUGUAAAUGAAGACAUAAUAUUAAGAGGUCAUAUUUCAUCUUAUUCAUUUGGCUUAGGAAGAUCAACCCCAGAUAGACAAUUUUUAUUUAUUAAUAAAAGACCAAUAAAUUUCAAAAAAUUAUCAAUGUUGAUUAAUGAAGUUUAUAAAUCUUUUAAUCAUGUUCAGUUCCCAGUAUAUGUUAUCAAUAUUGAUAUAAAUCCUGAAUUAAUUGAUGUUAAUUUAAUACCUGAUAAAACUAAUAUUUUGAUACAUAAUGAAGCUCUAGUCUUGGAGCAAAUAAGAGAAAAAUUAAUUGACUUUUAUGAAACGCAAGAUAAAGUAAUUAUACCCAGAAGUACUCGAACACUGAUUUCUGAUAGUUUGAAAAUCAUUGAUGUGGAAAAUGAAGAAGAAGAAAGAACAAGUAAGAAAAUGCAAGACACUAUUUCAAAAUUUAUAAAAAAAGAGGUAAAAGAGGAAGAGCUAGAGGAAAAUGAAGACCAAGAUGAAAAAAAUGAGGAGGAUCAGAAUGUAGAGGAAGAAGCGGAAGAAGAACAAGAAGAAGGGAAAGACCAGAAUGAAGAGGUAGAUGACGAUAUUAAUGAAGGUGAGAAGCAAAUUGACGUGGGGGCUUUAUUUGUUGAAGAAGAAGAGGAAGAUGAUGAAAUGGAGGUCGAUGAAGAAAAAGACGCUGAUGAGGAGGCGCCAGACGUUUCUUUUAAAGACAAGAUUCAAGAUAAUGAGGAAGAAUCUUUUCAAAAUGUGAAUAAUGAACAAGUUGAUGAAGAAAUGAUGGAUGAUCAACCUUCACUGCCUCAAACUGAUCAUUUUUCCGAUCCAAUAAAUGAAGGAACUUCCACUCCAUCAACUUUUGGUGUUGUUGAAACAAUCAAGGAAAGUCCAUUUCAAAAAUCCCAAUCAAUAUCCUCAUAUGUAUAUGAUGGACAAGACACAUUAGAAUCAGAUAUUGUUGAAGAUCAACAUGGAGUCAAUUUUUUUCCUGUUAUUAAAACACUUGAAGAUGAACCAAUAAAGAUGAUGAUUGGAGAUGAAGAAUUUGAAGAACGUCCAGCAAAAAGAUUUAAACGUGAUACAAAUUUAUUUUGUAGAAAAGCAUAUGUAUCUUCUGAGGAUAUCUUAGCAAAUUUAUCAAAUCUACAACAAUACGAUGAAGAAGAAGAUAAUAAUUCACAAGAUAUAAGUGUUAAUAAAAACCUUGACGAUAAAGAAAUUUAUCAUAUAUCAAAAUCUGAUUUUUUAGAGAUGAAACUUAUUGGACAAUUUAAUUUAGGAUUUAUAUUAGUCAAUCAUGGAUCAAACUUAUUUAUAAUAGAUCAACAUGCAUCAGAUGAAAAAUAUAAUUUUGAAAGAUUAAUGCAAGAGUAUCAUAUAAAUUAUCAACCAUUAAUUACACCUCAAACAUUAGAAUUAAAUGUUAUUGAUGAAAUGUUAGUACAAGAUCAUGAGCAAGUCUUUCAUAAAAAUGGUUUCAAAAUUACAAUUAAUAAUGAUUUAAAACCUGGAUCAAAGAUUUCAUUAAAUUCAUUACCAGUUUAUAAAAAUAUAAUGUUUGAUACAAAUGAUUUUUAUGAAUUAAUAACAUUAAUUAAUGAACAACCAAGUAAUAAAAAUAUAAAAUGUUCGAAAAUAAGAAAAAUUUUAGCAAUGAAAGCUUGUAGAGGUAGUAUAAUGAUUGGUACAUCGUUAUCAAGAAAUAAAAUGAUUGAUAUUGUCAAAAAUCUAAGUAAACUAGAUAAACCUUGGAAUUGUCCACAUGGUAGACCUACUAUGAGACAUCUAAUGAGUAUAUAG